GGUGCCUGGCCCUCCGGCUGCUCGCCGUCCUCCCGCCCUCCUCCCUCCCCCCCCACCCUCAUUGCGUCCCGCCCCGUCCAGCCCGGGCAGCCGGGCUCCCACAGGCCGCCCCGCCGCUCGCGUUCCUAUGGACAGACGCACAGACACCUGCAGGAAAGACGCUGCUGAUCCUGUAACAUGGAGGAUUGUCUUCAUACCUCAUCUGAAAACCUGUCCAAAUUGGUCAGUUGGGCCCACAGCCAUGGGACCAUUUGCAGCCUCAUUCCAAACCUGAAACAUUUGCUUUCUGAAGGUUCCCAUGGGAACCUGACUGCAAUGUGGGGCUGCAGUGCUGGUCAUGCGUACCACUGGCCACUGACAGCUACUUGCAGAGCUGGAUCCCAAGAGAGGGUCUGUUUCCAAGACAACCGAAGUUUUAACUCUGAUAGCCCCAGUCUAAUUGGGGUGCCUUCUGAGACACAGACUAGCCCUGUUGAAAGGUAUCCUGGGAGGCCUGUGAAAGCAAAGCUAGACUGUAACCGGACCAGAGACUCUUGUGACUUCUCCUAUUGCAGUGAGCCCUCUGAGGUGGAUGAAGCUGUGGAAGAGUAUGAAGAUGAAAACACCCUGUUUGAUAUGGUUUGUGAGUCUUCCGUUACAGAUGAAGAUAGUGACUUUGAACCCCAAAUCCAAAGGCCUCAAAGCAUUUCUCGGAAAAGGCCCAUAGUUCCGUCUUCCCUCCAUUCAAGUACCCAGACACAGUUGGUUGAUGAAUGCAGUAAUGAUGUCAUCAUCAAGAAAAUCAAACAAGAGAUUCCAGAAGAUUACUACAUUGUGGCAAAUGCAGAGCUGACUGGAGGGGCAGACGGGCCAGCCCUUUCCUUGACCCACAUGGCAAAACCCAAGCCUCAGACCCAUGCCGGUCCUUCCUGUGUAGGGUCUGCCAAGCUGAUUCCCCAUGUAACAUCUGCCAUCAGCUCAGAGAUAGACCCACAUGUUAUGUCAGCAUCCCCCUCUGUGAUCUCCAGACCACUCAUCCCAAAGACAGCUAGGGUAUCUCUGGCUUCGCCAAACAGAGGACACCCUGGUACCUAUGGCACCAACCAGCAGAUGGCCAUGCAGAUGCCUGUGAGCACAUCUCAUCCUAACAAACAGAUCAGUAUCCCUUUGUCUGCUCUGCAGCUGCCUGGACAGGAGGAGCAAGUUGCUUCUGAGGAGUUCCUGCCUCAUCUGCCCAGCCAGGUCUCAUCCUGUGAGGUAGCCCUUUCUCCUGUUAACACAGAGCUGGAAGUGAGCUCCAGUCAGCAGCAGCCCCCAGUUGCUCCAACUAUAACCACUGAGGCUACAGCACAGUGUAUACCAGACCAGGAUGAAAGAGCAGCUGAGCUCAGCAGGGAGCAGAAUGAGAAAACCAUCCGGAGCACGCAGACUGCGCUCCGCAAUUUCCCUUAUUCUACUAAGCUCAACAAAUUUCCUGUAUUUAAUAUUAACGAUGAAUUGAAUGAUCUGUGUACCAGUGCAGUAAGCCCAAACACCACCAAAGCCACACGGUACGCCCUGAAUGUGUGGCGAUAUUGGUGCAUGACCAACGGGCUCAAAGAUCACACAGACAUCACCAAGAUCCCUGCAGUGAAGUUGAAUGAGCUGCUUGAGAACUUUUAUGUCACCGUCAAGAAGAGUGACGGCUCAGACUUCCUGGCUACCUCGCUCCAUGCCAUUCGCCGAGGCCUGGACCGCAUCCUGAAGAACGCAGGGGUGGGCUUCUCCAUCACCAGCAGCACCUUCAGCUCAUCCACCAAGAAACUCAAGGAGAAGCUGUGGGUGCUGAGUAAGGCCGGGAUGUCUGGUGCCCGCUCCCGCAAUAUUAUUUACUUCUCCCUUUCUGACGAGGAGGAGAUGUGGCAGGCCGGGUGUCUAGGAGAUACCAGCCCGAUCACUCUUCUGUCCACUGUGGUCAAGUACAACAGCCAGUACCUGAAUAUGCGGACCCUGCAGGAGCAUGCUGAUCUCAUGUAUGGCGACAUAGAGCUGCUCAAAGACCCACAAAACCAGCCCUACUUUGCGCGCACCGACAGUGUCAAGCGGGAGAGUCGGAGCAGUUCCACCAGAAUGUGUCAUGGCAAAAUCUACCAUGAGCAUUCCAGGGGACACAAACAGUGCCCUUACUGCCUCCUCUACAAGUACAUGUACAUCCACAGACCACCCACUCAAAUGGAGGCCAAGUCCCCCUUCUACCUUACCGCCAGGAAGGAGGCCACCGAAAUGGGCAGUGUGUGGUAUGAGGAGCAGAGGAUGGGACUGCGGUCCCUUCGGGGGAUUGUUCCGAAUUUAGCCAAGAAAGUCAAGCUGGACAACUGUGAGAACUUCACCUUCGUCUCCUUCACUCAGGUCUCCAGGAGGCUUGGCUCCCACAGCUACUGCCAGUGAACCCUCCUCCCUCCCUGGAUCCAGGCCAUUGCCCUCUCCUCUUCUAGCAAGAGCUCCCCUUGGCUGCCUAGGCUGGGCUCAGCAGCCAGGCAGAGUUCUCAGGAGCCAGAAGCUGACCCUACAUGCAGUUUCCAUCCCCUGAAGCCUACUAUUCCUCUGACUUGGAGUUUGUUGGCUUCACUUUUAAUUUUUUUUUCCAUGAAAGGCGAUGAAUUUGAAUAAUUGGGAUGCUUUAUCCAAAUGUGUUUCACCUUUGUUAAAUCACAGAACUUAACAAGAGUUAGAUUCUUGGAGAAUUUGUUUCACUAAUUGUCUACAAGUGUGAGGAAAUUCAUUUUAUCUAGUGCCUUUUUAGCACAGGUUUUCUGCAAAAAGAAAAAGGAAACUUUCAGUAGUCAUUAAAAAAAAAAUCCCAGUAGCCUAGUAGCAGUAGAAUGUUUUGAGGCCUAUACACUUCAUUGAGUUCACUCACAAUAAGGAACUAGAGAGAUAAGAGAGAGGCAGACAUGUUGGAGGAAAUUGUACUGGAUGCUGCUGUAUGUUUUCUUGGUGGAUAGCAUGGUCCUGCAGGACAGGCAUCCUCGCUUGAGCCUCAGCCAGAGAGGCAGGCUGCUCACUUCAGAAGGAAGAUCUUCUCUGCUAUGGGUGGAGACAAUUGUAUAAAAAGAAGACAAAUGCUCUGAAAGGGUGUUUGUGAGAACAAGGUUCCCUGUUAACUAGAUAGUUUGUACUAGGAGGGAAAUUCUUGGGCUUGGAAAAGCCACCUGUGAUCCAAAUGUGAAAACCUGAAGCAGAAGUGCCUAUGUCUGUCUUAGUUCUCAGCACCACAUGACAGCACUUUUCAUUUGAACAUUGUUGAGUUUGUUUGUUCUUCCUGUCAUACAGCUGUUUGGUUGGCAUGCAGCACAUAAAAGAUAAAUAGUAAUGUUCAGGCUUUCCUAGGAAAAUCCAAUAAAACACAAUACGAAGGAAAUAAAUCCUCAAAUGCAUUUGAUAAAGAGCUUUGAGAUAUUUUUACCCAAGUCUGACUGUUUCAGCCACCGCUGAUGUCAUUUUAGAUUGGUGCCAAUGCUUGGGACAGUGUGAAUCAGGCCGAGUAAACCCAGCAUUAAGGAUGUAAGUUACAAAAUCAAACCAUCAUGACAGGUUGUGCAUGCAGUUUGAAAUUAUUUCACUCAGGUAAAACAGCCUGGCCACAUGCUAUUUAACCACUCUCAGACUCUUCCAAUAACUAUUCAGUAAUUAGAAAUACAACAAUAAGUGAAAAAGGAGCCCUAAAAGCAUGAAUCAAUAAUAAUUUCUAGUAUCUUUAUCAUAUACUGUACCAUUAUGUUCCUGAAUUUGCUUCCUACUCCCAAAUUAAGAUCCCAAUUUAAAUUCAUUUUGUAGGAGUUUUUAAAGUAGUUUUACUUCUUUUUCAAAGCAUUGCAUUAGCAUUUAAUUAGUUAUAAAUAAUUUGCUGAUUGUUGAAACAUGAGACACUUCACCAGAGAAGACUCAACCAAUGCUGCCUUAAGGUCUGAUGUUGUUCACUUUCUAGUUACUACACAUAAUUUUAUUUACUAGUUGCUCUUUUCUAAGUAGAGAUUACUUUGCUAAACUUCCAUCUGUAUAUAAAUAACAAGUAAUAAUAGUGUUACAACUUGAUAUUGCAUACUAUUCUGUUGUAGGUUUUUUUGUAGUGAUUUUUAAGGGUUUAAGAGAAAUUGAUAUAAGAUAUUAAGUACUUUAGUUUGCUAAACAUCCAAAGGAUAGUUUGUUUGUGGAAAGUAAAUGGUCAUUUUCUUGUCAGUCUACCCUUAGACUGAAAUGUGAUCUGUAUUAACUAUGAGCAGAGCCUACAGCCUCAUUAAGUAAAACCUCCAUUUUUGUUUUAAACAGAUUCAGGAGGAAACUACCAUUAAAAAUCA